GCCCGCUUUCCAUCUGUAUCCAUCUCCAUCUCCAUCUUCCUUCUCUUUCCUCUCCUUCCUUUCUGACUUUCUUUCUUUCUUUCUUUUUUUCAUCACACCUUUCUGCACCUCACUCUCAGUCAGUCCACCUAUAUAUCUUCAAACAAUUUCCAACAAUGGGCGGAAAGAAAGGCGGAGCCGGCGAGAACUCCAAGAAGGCGGCUGGCCAGGCUCGCAAAGCCGAAGCCGCCGCCGGCAAAAAGGCCGCCGAGGACGCCAAGCGCGCUGCCGAAGAAGACAAGCAAUGGCAGAAGGGAGCGAAGGGCAGUGCUAAGAAGGACGACGCCGAGGCCAAGAAAGCCGAGGUCGCCCGCAAAAAGGCCGAACGCGACGCCCUCCUAGCCGCCGAAGAAGCGUCGCAGCCCUCGAAACCCAAGGGCAGCGGCGCCAAGCAGGCCGUGAAGAAGACCCGGGGUCUGGACCUGUCGCAGCUGGAUGAGCCGGCCGGCGGCAGCAGCAGGGCCUCGGCGCUGAAUGCGUCGGGUAUCGACAACGCGCUGGACGCCCUCUCCCUGACGGGCAAGGACGCCGGCAAGGUGGACCGCCACCCGGAGCGGCGGUACAAGGCCGCCUACGCGGCGUACGAGGCCCGCCGGCUGCCCGAGAUCGAGGCGGAAAACCCCGGCCUGCGCCGGCAGCAGCGCGUCGAGCUGUGUCGGAAGGAGUUCGAGAAGAGCGAGGAGAACCCCUUCAACCAGGUGCAUGUGGCGUUCGAUGCGAGUCGCGAGGAGAUCGCGGCCGUGCGCGAUGCGGAGCGGAAGAAGGUCGAGGCGCGGUUGGCCAAAUAGAGGAGGAGGAGGUUUCUUUUCUUUUUCUCUUUUGUUGGCGGGGAGUUUUCUAUUUUUCUAUUUUGUCCUCGAUGUCAUCGCAGCUAGGUGCUGUUAGUACGGCCUGCUACGUACUAUGAUGUGGUAUAUAUACCCCCGGGUUUUUCCUCUUCAUCGGAAAGCUCAAAAUUGGAGUCGGAUCUAGGGCUGAGUGCCUCGGAUCCAUGAUAGAGAGGUUUGGAACUGAAUACGGUAUACAAGAUGAAAUGACUGGGAAAUGAAGUACAACGAACGAAAAUCAUGCAUAGAAAAAGUACAUAAUCAGAAGGU